AUGGCGUCUUCUCUGACUGCCAGCAGCAGCACCAACAAGAGCAAGAAGAAAGAGAAGGAUCAGAAAGAGAAAGAUCAGAAGGACAGCUCGGACGAUGCUUCCACGGCAUCCACGGCGGCAGAGUCUACCAAGAGCGAUGUUCCCGUGACGGACACUGCUGCGGCUGUUGCUGCUUCAGAAGAAGCCUCCACCAAGUCUGGCAUUAAGAAAGAGAAAGACAAGAAAAAGUCGAAAGAGAAAGACAAGAAAGAGAAAAAGAAGAAAAAAGACAAGCGGAAAUCGGAAAUGGACGAUUGUUCUGUGGGAAGUGGCAGUUCCUACUAUUACAACUAUGACAGUGAUUCGUCCCUCAGUUCUACCGGUUCGGAGCUCAUUACGGGCGGUGUCGCCAAGAAGAAGAACCGUAAAGUCAUUGCCAAAGAAGCUUCCAAAUCGUCCUUAUUGGAUAGUGCUUCCAUUCCCAACAAUUCGUUUCGACGGACCAGCCUACUCAGUGACGAUGACGAUGACAGUUUUGGCAAAUUGGAGGAAGAAGAAGAGUUUGCCGAGUUUCAAAUGGAUCUGACAUUCCUCAAGGCCACUCCACACAGUUCCUUUGCGGGUGGCAUGGAUAGCAGUGGGGGACAUCAUCAGUAUCAACAACGACAACUUCAUUAUGGUUCCAACACUGUUACCAACAAUGCGGACACUUUCUCCCUCGAUGGAAGAAGAAACAACAAAUCAUCCUUUGUCCGAAGAGUCAAAUCCAAUGGAAGUCCUCUCUCUCAUAACAACAACCAAUUUGACAGACCACCCAGCAGGCCAAACCCACUUUCCAUGCGAGAUUCAAGUGCCCCUAUUGUGACGACUGCGACCAACACAAAAAAGGAAAAACGAAAAAAGACGGCCAAUUUUGCAACCACCGCCGAGGCAGAUGGGACGGAUGGCAGUGGAUCUGCUAAGCACGAAGAUGGGAUACGAUUUGAUUGGAGAAAGCAAAAAUCCAAAUCGUCUAGAGAUGUUUGGCAACAGGACGAUAGUGCCUUGCUCUUGCUCGAUGACAGCGAAGAAGAGGUCGUACUAUUCGAUUGGGCGGCAACCAAUGAUGACGAUCAUUAUUAUACCAAUAGCAACCACACAACAGCCACACCCGAAAAGAGGCGAGCCUCUCGCAAAAGCAGAACUGUCAGCAGCAAUGACAAUGACUCGACGGAAGAUACUACUAAGAAAAGGGCAGCCAACAGUCGCAGAGAACACAACAAAUCGCCUUCUGUCGAUACGGACUCAUCAGGCGACGAUGGCGCCUACCGAAGACCGCGGCUUCGAAGAAGCAAAUCCAGUGGAGAUUCCGCAGUGGGAGGAUUGCAGUUCCCCACGAGACGAAAAUCCAACUACAACAAUAAGAAAGAAAAGGCUACAACUGAGGAGGAAGGUGCUUCCACCGAAAACACUGAUUCUGCGGAACACGUUGCUGCCACUCCUCCUCCCAAACGAAAAAGCAAAAAGUCCAAGGAGGUGGCACUAUCGGACUUUUUGGACCCUCCAGACGAAAACACGACAACCACCACCAGUAGCAAGCCCAAAAAGGCCAAAAAGUCGGCAUCCACCAACAGUAAUAAUAAGGACAACAACAACGAGCCAGCAGAAUCAGAUUCCGUGGCGACACCCGAGGAUGCUUCUUGGUGGAGUGCUGACAGCUCCACUGCUCCCCCCAGCAAGCCGAAAAAGGGCAAGAAAUCAUCAGCAGCAGCAUACAAUUGGGAGGACGAGCCGACAGAGUCGGACACUGUGGCAACCCCCGAGGAUGCUGGGAGAGAAGACAAUGGGGGGUCCAAAAAGAAAAAGGGUAAAAAGGACAAGACUACUAGUGUGUCGCCUGUCAAUAUUACAGAAGAAACUGGAUCAAUGCAGUUUCUGUUGGAGCCAACGACCGAGUCCGACACCGUGGCAAGUCAGGAGGAUCCUUCGUGGGGUGACUUGAGCAGUUCGAAAAAGAAAAAGAGCAAAAAGGAAAAGGCCAUCAACGAGAACGCCGAAGAAAUGCCGGCUUUGGAGCGACAGAAAAGUACCGACUCUACAGACCCAAACAGUAGGAAUGACAGUGACAAGCAUGAUUGGGAAGCCCUGGCAGCAUCUCCAUCGGACGACAUCGUAGUGAAGAAUGCGGAUGAAAACGACUCGGGAGAGUUUGCCAAAACACCAAAAAAGAAAACCAAAGACAAGAAAGAAAAACGCAAGGAAGGGAUCAGGGGGCGCAGAAACACCAUCGAUGGGUACGAUCCGCCACCGAAUGUCAAUGAGGACGAAGAUUUCUACAAUUGGAGUCCACGAAAGACGCCCACGAGCGGUGCCUACAAGAGCCCUCGAAAAUUGACCUCAUCGUCAACAAAGGCGAAAAAGACAAUCAUCGGCAUCGAAGACAGGAAACAUUUACCGGAGGCACCGCCAUUGAUACGCGCAACAUCUUCGCCAGCUCCACCGCGAACAUCCUCGGCAACACCACCACCCCCGUUGACUCGGGCAACGUCGUCCGCAACCGAGGCCUCUGGCGAAACCAAUAUGAGCAUUGAGAGCGCCCCACCUUCGGUACCCGCUAUCCGAUCUUCUCCAAGGAAGAAGAAAAAGAGUGUAGUACUCAAAAUUGAAGCGGGCGAGGAAGCUGAGGAGAAAAUAGAGAGGAUUAGCAUCUUUGAGAAGAACCCCGAGGAGGAAGAAGAGGAAGCUCUGAUAAGCUAUGCGGGCUCGCUUCUCAAAACGUUCACAGAUGACCCAACUCAGUACAGUGAUGCUGCCAUGAUUGCUCUGCUGGAAGAAUACCCACAAUCUGCAUCUAUCAAGUUCUCACUUGAAUCGUCGGCGUUUCGUGGGGGCAAAGCCAAGACCAGGCACUACCUUUUGUCAAUACUAUGUGCAAUGGGAGCCUCCCGUGAAGUUAUAACGCUAUGCUUUGGAUUGAACCCAGAGUCAAUUCACAAGUUUGACGAAUGGGUCGGCACCCCGUUGCAUUACGCAAUUUCAUUCGGAAUCACGGCGUCGUUUUCUCGCGAGAUGUGGACCGACUCGAUCUUCGAGACUGUCGAGUACCUGAUUGAAAAGGAGCCUAGACUUUUGACAUCUCAGCACAAUGACAGGUCAGAGUCCGUCCUCCACCAGGCGAUCUUGUGUCUUUGCCCAUUGGCAGGGCCAGCGGGCGGGGCUCGUGGUCCCAACGACGCACACCAACUAGCUACACUUGCUGAUGUUGUGGUCUCAUUGCUGCUGGAGAAUCAGCCGCUGUUGGCAACGAUGAUGGACACCAAAGACAGGCUUCCACUUCAUAUUGCUGCAAUGCACGCUGUCCCUUUGGAAAUCAUAGAGCGCAUCUUGAAGGAGAACAAGGAAGCAUGUUCUUGUGUGUGCAGUACGACUGGUUUUACACCGUUGCACUACGCAGCAGAAGCGUUUGGCAAAUCUGUCUGGAAGUUCUUCCACGACAUGAAACGUCGCAGCAGCGACAGCGACACUCUGGACAUGGACUUGCUCUCUGUGCGUCUAGACGGGCAUUCAAAGAACAUUCAACACCUAGUCACCACCUCUCCUGCGGCAGCGCAAGUUGAAGAUCUUAAUGGUAACCUGCCGCUUCACCUGCUUAUGCAAACGUGCUUCAGGGAUGCCACCGCUAUACCCAGCGACGAGUUGUUCAAGUCACCCAAUGUAUUUGUGAUUGCUUUUACGACAAUCUACGAUGCCUAUCCAGAGGCUUCCAAUAUCAAAGAUAGCAACGGAGAGACCCCAAUCGAGAUUGUCAAAGAGCAAAAGGAAAACGGCGAUCCCGUCAUGGAUUCCAUCAUGAGGUCCUUCCAGGAGCACAACGAAUGA